AGGGUUAGGUUAAGGUUAGGGUUAGAUUAGGGUUUAGGGUUAGGGUUAGGUUAGAUUAGGGUGCUAACAUGCGGUCGGUUUACAUCGGAUUUUAGAGAAGAUGUUUCUACUUACAGGCUACAACCCUAACCACUAACCCUAUGGACGAGUUUCUAUAUAAUAUGCAUUAUGAAUUCAGAGCCUCUGAACCUUUAUCAAACCGUAACAAAUUUUAAAUCAUGUAAAAGAUGAUUAUCCACUGUAAUUCAUUACUUACAAUAUAUUCUCACUUUAUAUUGUCUUCUGAUUGGCUAAUAAUUGUCAAGGUCAUUUAGUAUUCGUUCAAAGGUCGUCGCUAAAUUAGUCUCGCCGGUAUUCUCACUAUGUUCACGUUGUUUUAUCAGAGAGUAGGAAUCAGUCCACUAAUUAUUUAUACUUGGUGUUUUGACCACCCGAAUAUUGUCCGAAUUCUGACUCUACUACUACUUGGGUACGGGUAUCUAUGUGGUACGACCAGCUUAUAGAAGUAUAAGCUCAAAUCUGGGCGGAUAAAUUUGCAGGUCAAUAAGUUACAUCCUAAUGUAUACCAGAGGUGUAAGGAUUAAAGCAAAUCUGUUGAUAGAUGUGAUUCGGAGAAAUUUCGUCUGAAAACUAAGUAGCACAUAAUCAGCCUGUGGUCCUAACCUCCAUACAGUAGCUCUUUGUAAAACCUACUUUCACCCCCCUCCCCGUGUAGUGUUCAUCAGUCAAAGUUAUCAAUUAUAAUGCCUCCAUUCAUGUCAGUUGUGUACCUAUAUUCUGUAUCGUCAUCUUCCCAGAAUGUAAUGACUUAACACCGUAUCACUAAAUAUGGUGUAUAUAUCUUGAGUACAUUCCACAACUCAGGCACAGGUUUUUGUGUAUGACGUUUGAUUUCUGGGUAAUAUCUUGUUCUAACCCGUAAAAGCACAUUUCUGUGAUAACUUUAUCCGUCUGUGUGGACUUCAUGCAGAUUUCGUUAUGGUUUAAAAACCUAAGUACAUUCAGUUUACUCUCAAAAGACACCAGGUACUAUUUGUUUCUAAUGUAUUUUUGCCAGACGUUUAAUUGUUCUGGUUCUAUUCUGAUCAAAGGUAUCUCCUAAGCUGUUACAAUUUUAUUGAGGUACAGUGACGUAACUAAUUUACGAGUUACAGAUUUAUGUACUCAGCUUUGAGCCACCUUAUGCGAGGAUUAGUGAUAUUAUCAGGUUAGCCACAGCAAAAUAGAUAGAGUUGUGCUUAAACUUACUGACUAAAAGUCUAACAUAAUUUAAAUGAAUCAUUCCAUGUAAAUUCGUUUGAUCUGUAGUUAAUCAUAGUUACUUCAGUCGCAGUUUAGUCCCAGUACCAAAUACUGCCGUUUAAGAUUUGAAUUACGUAUUUUUCAAAGCUCCAGCUGUAGACUUUGUGGAGCGGUUACUUAUUGGUUAAGGCGUUCACUCUGUCCCGGGUUCAAACACCCCUCACCUUUCUCAGUUUGGGAAAGUGAUUGGUAUCAUUAUUCCUCAUGCAGAGUGUGUAUUACACACAAGUACCCGGAUAAUGAGUUCACCUAAAACUUGGUCUUGUGCAACAUGUCCAGAAAGUUUGCGAAAAAACCUUUCCUUUACAUCUAAAUCUAUUCCAAAAAUACGAGAGCGAGACUUAAAAUCUAUCAUAUCGUGAUCUUCUUGCUGAGGUUCUAUAUCAAAACAAAAUUUAGUAAAAAGUUGGUCUUCAGUCAUGUAGAUCGAUUGUUGGUUGUCCGAUUUCAUAUUACUAACAUUCAAGAAGUAACUUUUUAUUGACGUUGCCUCAAAACAUUUAAGUAGUGGUCAAUUAUCCAUUCUUGUGGAAUUUCUUGCAUUCUCCACUGCACUUAUUUCACUAUGACUAGAGGCAUUAAAUGGCCUAAUUUAUGAUAUGGUCUCUUCAUGUACAAACCUCUAUAUUUGCGCGUUAUUUAACCGUUAUCAGUAGUGAGUUUGAAGAUAUUCUGGUUACUUACUGAGUCCAUAAAAACAAACUCAUUAUUGUAUCCGAUAUACAUCAUGACUAAAUUCAAGCGGUUAUUCUUCAGUGUAUUUUUUGUCUUAGAAACCUGAUAUGUCUUCAGGCAGCAGUGCUCGUCGAACUGAAGUGACAAAUGGCAAAGUACGAAUCAAAGCUUUUCCUCCUUCAAUAGAUGAGAGAUAUGCCAAUCAGUUAUGGGAUCAGAUUAAAAGUGCGAUAAUCGAGAUUCAAAAGAAAAAUAACAGUUGUUUGAGCUUUGAAGAACUCUAUCGCAAUGCGUACACUUUGAUAUUACAAAAACACGGUGAGCGUCUGUAUGCGGGAACAGAGGCUGUUGUACGUGAACAUAUGAUCAAGAUCCGCGAUAAUCUUGUUGAAAAUCUAAAUAAUAAGUUUUUAACUUACCUUAACUCAUGUUGGAAAGAUCACCAAACUGCUAUGGGAAUGAUUCGUGAUAUUCUCAUGUACAUGGAUCGUGUCUACGUCGGCCCCCACAACCUGGAUGGAGUUUAUAAAAUGGGGAUGACUGUUUUCUGCGAUCUUGUCAUACGUUAUCCAAUUAUUAGAGAGCAUUUGCAGAAAACUCUGUUAGAUAUGGUGCGCAAGGAACGUCGGGGUGAAGUAAUAUCACGUUCUCAGAUUCGUGAUGCCUGUCAGAUGUUUGUGCAUUUAGGAGCCGGAUCAUUAUGUGUUUACCUCGAAGAUUUUGAACAGCCAUUUUUGGAGCAGUCAAGAGAAUUUUACCGCACAGAAAGUGAAAAUUUUCUUGCUGAGAAUACUUCUGCUUCCUUGUAUAUUAAAAAGGUCGAACAAAGAAUUGAAGAGGAAGUUCGAAGAGCACAUCAUCAUCUUGAUCCAUCCACGGAGCCCAAAAUCGUCAUCGUAUUGGAAGAGGAGCUUAUAAGUCGACAUAUGGAAACUAUUGUCGGUAUGGAAGAUUCAGGUUUAACUUACAUGUUAACUCAUGAUCACUUCACUGAUAUCGCUGCUAUGUAUGGUGUUUUAAGUAGGGUUGAAGAAGGACCGAAAAUAAUGAGUAACUACAUUAGCUUGUACUUGAGAGAGCAAGGACGAAAUACUGUACGUGAUACUGGGUCAUCAACACCUCAACAGCACAUUCAAGAUUUGCUUCAGUUACGUGAUCGCGCUAAUGAAUUACUAACGCGAGCGCUUAAUAAUCAGACAAUAUUCCGCAAUCAAAUUAAUUCUGAUUUUGAGUACUUUGUCAAUUUAAAUCCUCGUUAUCCCGAAUUUCUAUCAUUAUUUAUCGAUGAGAAACUAAAACGUGGCACCAAAGGUAUGACAGACCAAGAUGUAGACGCUAUUUUCGAUAAGUGCAUUGUGUUAUUCCGAUACUUACAAGAAAAGGAUCUAUUUGAAGGUUAUUACAAAAAGCAUCUAGCAAAAAGGUUGUUAUUAAGUAAAAGUCAAUCAGAUGAUCAAGAAAAGAUUAUGAUAUCCAAACUUAUGGCUGAAUGUGGUGCUGUAUACACAAGUAAACUAGAAGGAAUGUUUAAAGAUAUGGCGGUGUCUAAUACCCUCAUGGAUGAAUUCAAUGUGGUACUAUCUAAAGGUAACCACAAUCUUAACCUAGAUCUGUGCGUUCGUGUACUAACUACUGGUCUUUGGCCAACUCAAGUAACUAAUUCUAAUGAAGCGUUACCAGAAGAAGCUGACACAGCGUUUGAAAUUUAUAAAAACUUCUAUUUAAGCAAACAUAACGGUCGGAAAAUAAACCUGCAGAAAAACAUGGGGUACGCAGAAUUGUCUGCUGUAUUUUAUGGUCGUCCUAAUGCAGAUAUCAAUGCACCUCAAAUCUCUUCUGUUACUGAUUCUCAUACUCACGGUUUCCUUAUUCAUGACUCUAGUUCUUCAUCUUCGAAUCAAGUGAGAAAUCAAAGUACUCAACAGGCGCCAAUCAGUGGAUUGCCAGGAAGCCCAGGAGCUCAAAAGACACUUGAUCCUUCCAACUCAAUUAGUACCUCAAGUCGAUCGAAUGUGCGGAAAUAUUUCUUGCAGGUUUCCACUUAUCAAAUGAUUAUAUUAAUGAAAUUCAAUCGACGAAAUCGUUAUAGUUUUAUUGAAUUAGCCAGUGAAACAAAUAUUCCUGAACGUGAAUUAAAACGUAGUCUUAUGGCUUUAGCAUUAGGUCGCUGUAGUCAACGAAUUUUAUGCAAAGAACCGAAAACUCGUGAUAUAGAGUCAACUGAUAUAUUCUAUGUCAAUGAUUCAUUUAUUUCGAAACAUAUUAAAGUUCGGGUUCAAAGUAUCACCGUUAAAGAAAGCGAACCAGAACGUCAGGAAACGCGGACAAAAGUAGACGAAAAUCGACGUUAUGUGAUUGAGGCCACAAUUGUGAGAGUCAUGAAAGCUCGUAAAAGUUUAAGUCAUGGACAACUUGUUGUUGAAGUUAUUGAACAAUUAAAAUCACGCUUUGUACCUACCCCCCUGAUGAUUAAACAACGUAUUGAAUCGCUUAUUGAACGAGAAUUUCUUGCUCGAUUGGAAAAUGAUCGUCGAGUUUAUAAGUACCUGGCCUAAUCUCAUUCUUUAAACCAAAUCUAAAUACAACUUGUAUCUAUCAAAUUCCAUCCUACCAUUACUUGCGUCUACUCUCUACAGUAUGUCAUCCAAACUCCACUGUCAAAGAUUUUCAAAUUACUCCUGUGAUGUGUUGCAAGAUGAUGAGCUUUAAAUAAUGUUCAGAAUAAAUCUGAUUGUUCAUUAUCAAUUAAUUGAAUAAAGCAAAUGUUCUCAAUUUACUACUACAAACCUGGUAUUCAUCAACUUACUACAGUUAUCUAUAACUUUUUUGUUUCCUUUGCAAAUCUUAUGUUUCCAUUUCAAUUUUCUAAUUAAACUACUAACCUUGCUUAUAUAAAAUAUAUAUGAUUCGUUCUUUUUUGUAUGUACAUAUUUUCGUUGCCUCACUUUUAAGCUUAUGCAUUCUAAAAACGAUUGAUUUUAUUCUCAUACAUGGCUUUUGGAAAAGGUGGAAUCAAUGUUAAUUACUCAUUUCUUUGUUUCUUUCUCUGUUCAAAUAUACAGUUACCCACAGUACUAAAUUCUAUCAUUUGGCUAAAAGCAUCUCCGUUUUUACAGUAAAUAGUACGAUUAUUAGUGCGACAGGCAACUUCACAUAUUUCGGUGAGUAAAUGACCUUCCUUCUGAACAAAGAAGAAAGCGAUUGGCUGUGUUGAACAAUAUGUCUAAUUACUUAUUCAGUCUUAUGUAGUUCGUCUUAGCUGUACAUAUUUUGAACAGUUAAAAUGUGCCAUGCAAUGAAUGCUUUUAUUGUCUUUUAUUUACGAAGGAGUAUUUUUCUUUUUUAAGUCUUAGUUAUGCACAAAACCCUGUCCACAUUACUUUGCGUAAGCUACAUAUAUGUAUUCACUCAAGUAAGGCGUAUUUUCUCUGCAUAGUUGAAUUUUCUCUCGUCUGUUUGCUUUGUCCAGGUGUUGCUUUAAAUUGUAGAAUAUAGUUUUGUGCAGUAUAUUCAAGGUUUGACUUUAAAACUACUAUGAAUUCAGUGCUAUCCGUUAGCUUGUUUUCUGUAUCAAUUGAUAUCUUGAACUAAUCAGUUUAUCAAGGUGCACUAUACA